AUGGGUAAUCUUAAUCCUCCAUUACUUCUUCCUUCUAUUGUUAAUUCUGGAAAACAUCUUUCUAUUUUCCGCUCUUCUAUUUCUUCUUCUUCUAAAACCAUUGCUACCCACAUCCAACAUUUCACUAAGAAUUCCAUGUCGGUAAGGGGAAACCCAAAAAACUUCGAUAAUGUUGAUGAUGCUUUGAUUUUGUUUAAUAAGAUGAUUGACAAGUACCCAAGACCCUCACUUGUGGAAUUCAACAAAUUAUUAGGAGCCAUUGUUAGAAUGAAACAUUAUGCCAUUGUUGUGUCGAUGUAUAGCCAGAUUGAAUUAUUAGGUGUUCCCCAUAAUGUUUAUUCUUUUAACAUCUUGGUUAACUGCUAUUGUCAAUUAGGCCAUAUUGAUUUUGGGUUUUCUGUUUUGGGGAAAAUGCUGAAGUUAGGUGUUGAGCCUCAUGUUGUAACCUUGUCCACUUUGAUUAAUGGACUUUGUAAGGAAGACUGGGAAUACGAUCGAGCUGUUAGGUUUCUAAGAAUGAUGGAAGACAGAGGCUUUGCACCCAAUAUCGUAGCAUAUAACACUGUCAUUGACUGUCUUUGUAAGAAGGGAUCACUAAAUGAGGCUCUCCAUCUUUUCUCCCAAGUGAAGGUUAAGGGCAUUAGACCAGAUAUCGUUACUUUCAGUUGCUUAAUUCAUGCAAUGUAUAACUUGGGCCAGCAGGAGGGGGCAACAAGGCUUUUGAAUGAAAUGGUGGAUAACAGUAUUUCCCUUAAUAUUUUCACGUAUAAUAUAUUGAUUGAUGCACAUUGCAAGGAUGGAAAGAUUUCUGAAGCACUAGAUAUCGUUGACACAAUGAAAAAGCAAGACAUUGAGCCUAAUGUUGUCACAUAUAAUAUAUUGGUUGAUGUGCAUUGCAAGGAAGGGAAGGUUUCUAAAGCUGAAGAUAUUGUAGACACAAUGAUAAAGCAUAGCAUUGAGCCUAAUGUUGUUACCUAUGGUGCAUUAAUAAACGGUCAUUGCUUGCAAAACAGGAUGGAUAAAGCUAGAAAAGUAUUUCAGUCGAUGAUUAAGAAGGGUUGUGCACCUGAUAUAUCUAGUUACAACAUCAUGAUCAAUGGAUAUUGCAAAGCUAAAAGGAUAGACAAAGCAAUGGAACUCUUUCACGAAAUAUCCCAAAAAGGACCAACUGCGGAUACUGUCACAUACAACACUCUUAUGCAAGGUAUGUGUCAACUAGGGAGAAUUUCAUCUGCAUGUGAACUUUUGAGGAAGAUGAUUGCUUUUGGACAAGUUCCAAAUGUAGUGACCUGUUCAAUUUUUUUGAAUGGUUUAUGCAAAAGUAAUAAACUCGAAGAGGCUUUGGAACUUUUUCAAGCAAUGCGGAACAGCAAGUUGGAACUUGAUAUUGUCUCUUAUAAUAUCCUAAUUGAUGGCUUGUGCAAAGCUGGGCAUAUUGAAGUUGGAAAGGAAUUAUUUCAUAAAAUCUCACUCAAUGGUUUAAAGCCUGAUGUUUACACAUAUUCUAUAAUGAUUAAUGGAUUUUGUAAAGAGGGAUUGCAGGAUGAAGCAUACCAGUUGUUUAGGAGCAUGGGAGAUAAUAAUUGUUUGCCUGAUAGCUGCUGUUAUAAUGUAAUGAUCCAGGGGUUUCUUCAAAACAACUAUACUUCAAAGGCAACACAAGUUCUUAAGGAAAUGGUCCGUAAGGGCUUUUCUGCAGAUAUACACACCGCCGCUUUAUUUUUAGAGCUGAUCUUACGAUUUGAUAAAUCAAUCUUGAUCUGA